AUUCAAUCUCAGCUAUCGAAGUCUCAAAAGAGAAGUUGCAACCUGAAAUCUUGAAACCAGUAUACUACCCAAAUAAACAAUCAAACAAAAUCACAAGUUAUAUAUACCUGCAAAAUUCCUAGAAACUAUACCACAACAUUUCGCCUUCAACUUACAGCUCGGAUAAAUCAUAUACAAGAUGGCUAAAGUGCUAGUUACAGGUGCGUCAGGCUUCCUGGCUCUUCAUAUUAUAGGUCAAUUACUUUCUGAAGGUUACUCUGUUAUUGGUACUGUUAGAUCUCAAAGCAAGAUUGAAAAGCUGAUGAGCCAAUUCAAGACAAAAUAUCCUGAGGCUGUUGCUAACCUGCAAUUUGAAAUCGUGCCAGAUAUUCAACUCGAAGGUGUCUUUGAUAAAUUGUUCAUAGAACACAAGGAUAUAGAUUACGUUCUUCAUACGGCCUCUCCUUUUUCAUUUGGGUUGGAAGGAAGCUUUGAUGAUGUCUAUUUGAAACCAGCUGUCAAUGGUACUUUGAACGUUUUGAAGUCAAUAAAGAACUUUGCAUCUCAAGUGAAGAAAGUUGUUAUUACCUCGUCAAUGGCUGCUAUUGAUAAUAUGGGUGAUCAUGAGUUGAUCCAUACUGAGGAUAUUUGGAAUCCAUUAGAAUGGGAACAAGUAAAUCAUGAACAAUUGGCAUAUGUUGCCUCCAAAAAAUAUGCUGAAAAAUCUGCCUGGGAUUUUAUCAAAGAUAAUGCUCAACAGAUCAACUUCAAAUUAGUGACAAUUACACCACCUUUUAUUUUUGGACCUCAAUUCUUUGAUGAAGAUGCAUCAAGCUCCACUUUGAAUACUUCUGCAAAUGUCAUUAACCAGUUAUUGAAAAGCUCUCCAGAUGAUACACAUCUAUUUGAUCAGCCUUCCUUAUGUGCAGUUGAUGUCCGUGAUGUCGCAAACUUUCAUGUGCUAAGUAUCAAAAAAGAGAAUAUUUCAAACCAAAGGUUGUUCCCAAUCGCUUCAAGAUUUACAUCUCAAGGAAUCUUGGAUAUAAUUAAUGCUAACUUUAAAGACUUGAAUAUUGCAAAAGGUGACCCAGAAAAUGAAGCUUCAAUCCCAACACCAAAAUUUAAUAAUGAUAAAUCUAUCAAGGCUGUUGGUGGCUAUGAGUUCAUUUCUUUAGAGAGACAAGUUGUUGAUUCUGUAAAUCAAAUCUUGAAACAAACAUCAAAGCUUUAGAGGUUGAAAUUUAUGUAUACUCAAUUAGAAUAGAAAUAUAUAGAUCAUUUGAGUUAAUCCCAGUGUUUGUAACUAUUUGUUUUCUCUCGAGAAUGGACAAUUAUU